AUGGAUUUACCUGGACCAAUACAUGAUUUUCUUUUAGUUUUUCUGGGGUCGGGCCUUAUAUUAGGUGGUCUAGGAGUAGUAUUAUUUACCAAUACAAUUUUUUCUGCUUUUUCGUUAGGAUUGGUUCUUGUUUGUAUAUCUUUAUUCUAUAUUCUAGCAAAUUCCCAUUUUGUAGCUUCUGCACAACUCCUUAUUUAUGUGGGAGCUAUAAAUAUAUUAAUAAUAUUUUCUGUAAUGUUCAUGAAUGGUCCGGAAUAUGACACAGAUUUCCGUCUGUGGACUGUGGGGGACGGGAUUACCUUAUUGGUUUGUGCAAGUCUUUUUGUUUCAUUAACUAUUACUAUUCUAAAUACGUCCUGGUAUGGGAUUAUUUGGACUACAAAAUCAAAUCAGAUUCUAGAACAAGAUCUGAUAAGCGCUAGUCAACAAAUAGGAAUUCAUUUAUCAACCGAUUUUUUUCUUCCAUUUGAACUCAUUUCAAUAAUUCUUUUAGUUGCUUUAAUAGGUGCAAUUGGCGUGGCUCGUCAAUAA